AUGGCAGACCAUGUCUAUUUAGAUGGUCGAACCCUCGAAGGUGGUGGCCAGCUGGUCCGCAAUGCGCUGGCUCUGUCCGCCUUGACCGGGCGACCCGUGACCAUCGAUCACGUCCGCGGCAAUCGGCAUGGGAAGCGGGGAUUGAAAGGAUCUCACGCAGCAGCGGUUAAGCUCCUGGCCGAGAUCAGCCGCAGCAAAGUUGUGGGCGGAGAAGUUGGCUCACAGUCCGUGACUUUCAUCCCCCCGUCGGCGUCGCCCCCAGAGUCAGCACCGACUCGAAGGAGAGACGGACUCGCUUCCGUGGUCUCGUUAUCGGAUGUAUCGGUCCAGCCUGAAUACAAUAUUGACCUGCCCACCGCAGGAUCCGUAUUUCUUGUGUUCCAGGCGCUAUAUCCAUAUUUGCUCCACGUCGGACUCCGCGCGUCUGCAGAUUGCAUCAGAGUGAACAUCACCGGCGGAACCAACUCGUCACUUUCUCCGUCCUAUGACUAUGCAUCCCAGGUGAUGGUGCCGAACUUUGCGAGACUGGGUCUUCCACAUCUAUCGAUGAAGCUGAACAAACGCGGCUGGUCGAGCGGACCUGUCGAUCUCGGCUCGGUCAGCUUUCGCAUUCAUCCUCUCCCGGCCUCAGGAACCAUUGAACAGUCCCGAAAGAGUGAGCGGGAUGAUAGCUCCUUGAGUCGCUUCCGACCGAUUGGUCUUUUGAGUCACGAGCGAGGCAAAAUCACGCAGAUUGAUAUCACGAUCUUGGCACCGGAUAGUUUGAUUCCCGGCACCUCGGAAGAAGAGGGCGAGAGGGACCCUCAUGAGAAGGCCAAUCAUGGCAAAAAAUCGAACAAUUUCAACAAGCGCAAAUGGAAGGAUCAGGAUGAUUCUCACCAUCACGAUGACGUUUCAAAUUCAGUUACUGGAGAUCUUCCGAGAACUAUCCGCAACUAUAUCGAAGACAUCACCGUCAGAGCAUUGCGCAAUGGAAUAAAAACACUCGAUCCGUCAAUAUUUGAAUCCAUUACAGAUGGCACAAAUCGAGAUCGACCCGUCCCUAUCACAAUCCAUACGUCGGAGGCGACCUCUCAUCGCAGCCAUAAGUAUAUUCUGCUCGUGGCUCACACAUCCACGGGAUUCCGAAUCGGACAUGACGCUAUCUUCGGCUUCGACGGUAGUCGCGGCGGCGGACAUGCAACAAAAACAAAUAAAAAUCGAGGAGGUAAAAGAAAACAGGACCACAGAGAAGUUUCCGCUGCCUUUGAUCUUGUCAACCAGUGUGUGCGAGGCUUUCUAGAUGAAAUUUCAGAGAAAGACCACGGCUUCUUUGAAGAAGAGCCUGCGGGAAGGAGAAGUUGCCUAGACGUGCACAUGAGAGAUCAAGUUGUGGUUUUUGAAGCUCUGGGUGAACUCUCCAGGCAGGGAUUGGUCGAUGGACAAGAAAAAGGCCGGUCUGAAGAGCAGGAGGAUGAGAGCCAUUGGUCACUGCACACUAAAACUGCGCAGUGGGUGUGUCGGCAAAUGAUGGGAGAGGAUGUUUUGAGAUGA